GACCGUUUCUGUCUUCUGGAAGAAGUUGAGUCCAGGCUGCAGUGGCGUAAGCAUGGCUUCUCAGGGCCUCCAGAUCAUAGGUGUGCUGCUGGCCUUCAUCGGCUGGCUGGGCACCAUCAUCACCUGCGCUAUGCCCAUGUGGAGGGUCACCGCUUUUGUCGGGGCGAACAUCGUCACUGCCCAGGUGAUCUGGGAGGGCUUGUGGAUGAACUGCGUGGUCCAGAGCACCGGCCAGAUGCAGUGUAAAGUGUACGACUCCAUGCUGGCUCUGCCUCAAGACUUGCAGGCCGCCAGGGCCAUGGUGGUCAUCUCAGUAAUAGUUGGAGUGUUCGGCGUCCUCAUGGCUGUGGUUGGAGGGAAGUGCACAAACUGCAUGGAGGAUGAAGUGGCCAAAGCCAAAGCCUGCAUCGUGUCCGGAGUGAUCUUCAUAAUAGCCGCCCUGCUGAUCAUGAUCCCAGUGUCGUGGUCAGCUCAUGCAGUGAUCAGGGACUUUUAUAACCCCCUGGUGGUCGCGGCUCAGAGGAGGGAGCUCGGGGCUGCCCUUUACAUCGGCUGGGGGUCCACUGGGCUGCUGCUGCUGGGAGGAGGCCUGCUCUGCAACAACUGCCCCCCGAAAGACAGCAGACCCUACAUACCUGCCAAGUUCGCCCCUGCAAGAACCGGGUCUUCAAAUGUGGACUAUGUGUGAGUGUUUGGGCUGGAAGUGUAGCAAAGUUGUACCAAGAAGUUGCACAACAGGAUCUGUUUGUUAAGGUUCUUAAAACGUUGCUGCUGACAAAGUUACCUUUUAAACACAC